AUGUCGCAGAUUGUCCUUUGCCUGGCAGCCGGAGCCGUAGCGCUCCUGGCACGCUUCAGCCCUGCAGCCUUUGCUCCAGCAGGCUUCCAGGUGCAAUCUGGGCUGCAGCAGCCUGCGCAUGGUGCAGGGCUGAGCGCCAGCGCUGAUGCCCCUCGGUCCUUUGGCGCUCUGGCUGGCAUGGCCGCUGCUGGCAUGGCCAUCGGUGCAGCCGCAGGAGCUGCCGGCCGAUGCCAAAAGAGUGCCAGCCUGUUGGCUCGGCGUUCCCAUGCUGUGAAGAUCUACGACACCUGCAUUGGCUGCACUCUGUGCGUCCGUGCGUGCCCCACAGAUGUGCUGGAGAUGGUCCCGGCCACUAUCAACGCAGCCAAGCAGGUGGCUUCGUCCCCGCGAGUGGAGGACUGCGUGGGUUGCAAGCGCUGCGAGACGGCCUGCCCCACCGACUUCCUGAGCAUCCGCGUGUACCUGCAGGACCGAGGGCCUGUAGACAACGAGGAGACGCAGUACAGCUUGGGCCUGGACUUGGUGGAUUGGUUUGUGGACAACGACAUGCUGCCCUACGUAGAUGAUUGGGAGGAGGCCGGAGGCUUUCCGAAAGAUCUCCAUCGACGUGCGUACCAGGCUGGUGUUUAUGGUGCUUUCUGGCCCGAGAAGUACGGUGGUACCUUUCCAACUGCUGAGGAGGCAGACAUGUUUCAUUACUUCAUCUUCUACGACGAAUUAGCGCGCCCAUGCGCCAGUGGCCUCUACGGCUCCCUGAUGACACACAGCAUCUCGCUGCCACCGCUGCUGGAGCUGGGCUCCGAGAAGCAGAAGGAGGCUGUCGCCAGACAAAUCAUCUCCGGUGAGAAGACCUGCUGCCUGGCCGUCACGGAGCCGGGUGGCGGCUCCGACGUGGCCAAUGUACAGACCACAGCAGUUCUCGACGCCAGUGGCACAUACUAUGUGGUCAACGGCCAAAAGACUUUCAUCUCAGGGGGGAUGCAUGCCGACUACUUCACCACGGGGGUCCGCACCAGUGGAAAAACCGGCAACCAGGGCAUCUCUGUCUUGCUGGUGCCACGGGCAAGUGCUGGUCUGAACACGACGCGCUUGAAGACGCAGGGAUGGCACCUCAGCUCCACGACCUUGGUGACGUUUGACGACGUGAAGGUUCCUGCAGAGAACUUGCUGGGGCGAGAAGGUGACGGCUUUUUGGCAAUCAUGCGGAACUUCAACAAUGAGAGGCUUGCCCUGGCGAUCAUCGCAAACCGGCAGGCCCGGGUCUGCCUGGAAGAGACGGUCAGAUAUGCACAGGUGCGAAAGACCUUCGGCAAGCCGCUGUCCUCGCACCAGGUCAUCCGCCACAAGCUCAUGGAAUGCGGUCGCCAUAUCAUGGCCACCAACGGCAUGAUCCUUUCCAUCUGUGCGCAGAAAGCCAGGCCCGCAGAUUCCUCGGAGCAGCUUGCAGGCGCCAUCGCCUUGGCGAAGGUUCAGGCGACGAAGAGCUUCGAGUUCGUGGCCCGUGAGUGCUCGCAGGUCUUCGGGGGCAAGUCUUACCUUCGGUCUGGGCCCGGCCGUGUCGUGGAGCGCGCCUACCGGGAGGUACGUGUCCUGGCGAUGGGAGGCGGCUCUGAGGAGAUCAUGCUCGACCUCGCCUCGCGCCAAGCAAGGCUUUGA